UCUGAACAUUGACCGCAAACGUCAUUGAACGCCUAGGGGGGUGCGCCAACUCGCUCUUCGCUGUUUGUUAAAUUGUCGGAAAAACCUUGGAUGAUGCGCGGUGUAUUAUCAAAUUGUACAUAUUAAUUGAAAUCGCAUCGUUCACAAGUAUUCGUGAAAGCACUCCGGUGUCGUAGAAUUUCGUGUAACAGUUUUUAUGAGACAAUAAACAUGAGCCACCCUCGAGUUGAUAAUGUGCAUGCAUCGGGUCAAUUGCGAGUGAUCCUCCCUGCUUCGAUGGAAAAUAUGCCUCCUCCGUUCAUGGACAUUAAUAACAUGCAAGAGAUACCGCCUCCGCAGGCUGAUUUCUCGGCGCCGCCGCCGUACGAUGUCGCCGCGAAUUCCAAACUACCCACAUAUGAGGAGGUGCAGCGAGAGAAACAGAUGGAAGGCGAGGGGCCUCCUCAGAUGCUGCCCCCGCACCAGCCUACAUUCGCGGCGUUUGUAACAGUGGAGCAGACAGAGGGCAGCACCGAGCCGCUCGACCCGGAGAACAGCCUCCUCGGCACCGAUAUCAUGUUCCUCACGUCUUUUAUUGUGGCGUUCCUGUUCAACUGGAUCGGGUUCCUGUUGCUGAUGUGUUUCUGCCACACGGUGGCGAGCCGCUACGGCGCGCUGGCCGGGUUCGGUCUCUCGCUCGCGAAGUGGACGCUCAUCGUGAAGCACUCCACGGAACUCGCCUCGCACGAGAACUCCUGGCUCUGGUGGCUGAUCAUGGCUUUCGGUAUACUGAUCUGCGUGCGCGCCAUCAUCCAGUACCUGAACAUCAAGCGCGGCUGGCGGCUGCUGUCGGGCACUGCGCAGGAGCGACUGCUCUUCUUCUACUAGACGCCUCGGGGCGACACGCCGGGCGAAUGGACGGGCUAGGGUGACCAUACGGUGUUACGGCAAAAUCACUUAUAAACAAAUAAAUAAAUAAAUAAAUAAAUAAACCCAUCUGUCAUAAAUAUACAAUGUUUUGUCUAGCUUACUCUGAUGUUUAAAGUCACUUAAUGUGGUGAGACGAAACAAAGUAUACUAAGGGAAGUUUAGACUGGCAUUUUCUCGCAGUAAUAUAUUACGCAAUAACUUGCACUUGCGUUUACACCAACGUAAAAAAUUCAAAACACAUAAGACUCACCGCAAGUUCUACAAGCUUGAAAAUUUGCAAAAAUCGGUUUGCCGUAAUAUUGACGUCACAGCAAACUGACGUUUACAUGGUAAAAAUGUAUUGCGGAAGACAACUUCAGGGUUUCUUGCUAACCUGAACCCUGUUCAAACGUAUACAACCAGUAAGUAAGACGGUUUGUCUUUAGAAACAAGAUUUAUAGUCGAGUGGGGUGAAUGGGCAAAACAGUUAUUCCACUAAACGAAUUAGACAGAUAAACCCAUGCUAUUCUUAUCCAAUAAAUAAACAAAUUUCCAAGUAAUAUUUGCAAUAAUCAAUUUAUAAACAAAAUAUUCACUCAAUACAUCUGUGUAACAGCCGUAACGCCAAACCAUCCCUAUUCACCCCGAUUCUUCGAUUCUUCCCGAUUAAAUAAAAAAAUAUGUACUAUUAACAGUAACAAUAUAAUUAUAAUACAGGAUAAUUCCUGUAAUGCGUGAAGUAUGGUCACCUUAGUUAUGUCUGAAAUGGUUGAUUCAAAUGAGUUAGGUGUGAAGAUGCUUGUUUCAGAACUUGUUGAUUCUCUAUAGUGUCGUGUCAGUGAUUUGUUGAUAGUAUUUUGUGUAAAUGUAUUUUAAUGUUUGCUUCUUGCGUAACGUGGGUCUGGUAGCCAGACGUUAAAUAUGUUUUCGGAUUGAUAAAAAAAAAAAAAAAACAUAAAAAUGAUUGAUUUUAUGAUUAUUGAAUGUUAGACAUCGAUUGAAACUAGUUUUCCGAUGCUUUCGUUUUUUUUUUGUAUUUAAAUUUUCUUCCGACUUCAACAUGAAAGCUGUAGUAUUGGAAACGUCAGGAAAAAUUAAAAUAUAAAAAACGCAAUAAAAUCCGAAAAAUAGUUUUUGAAAAUAAAAAAAAUGCAUUCGAUUAUUAGAAUUGACCGCGUACCUAACAUCUUUAUAAUAGUACUAGCUCGUGGAUGCUGCUUAUAUUAUUUAAUAAUUGAGAUUCAUAGAAAAGAACCGUCUUGACGUACAGUUGUCAAAAAAAUCCUAAAAAAAAUUCCUCGUAUUUCAAAUAAACUUUUUUAUAAUUUCAUACGAUCUAUGAAUUACUGACAAGGCAUAUGAGAAUCGGCGUGUAAGCUGCGAUGUCGUGCUCUCGGUGUUUAGAUAAUGUUUGUAACGUGAUUUCAACGUAUACUGACGUUAAGUUAAUGAGAAAUGUCAAAGUGCAGCGCCCCUACCGGAUUAUGUAUAAUUGUAUGAACAGUCAAGAACAAAAGUGGCUGAAAAUUAAUUUAAAAGUCUUUGCCAAUAACUUUUUCUUCGAUUUAAUUAAAUUAAAAAAGGGUUGGCUUUAUUUUAGGCAAAAAAAAAAAAUGCUUCUAUUGCAUUUAACGUGUAUAAACAAAGUGUAGGUAGUUUUGGGUUUGUUCGGCUACUUUUGUGGCUGACUGUACAUAUAUUAAAAUAAAUAUAUAAUUUUCAAUUUGUGACUCAACUUAUAAAAAUAGUUAACACAUUAUCAUUUUUUUUUUAUAAUAUAGAGCAUCUGAUGUCUUGUUAACUUAACGAUCGUAAACGGAACGGUAGUUCUUAGAACGAUUGUCAUCUUGUCUCUGAAAAUUACGGUACCAUAGAGUAUAGAAAGUUUACGAGUAUGGAUGCGGUUUAUUGUUCUGAAAUGACGUAAAUAGACGUCAACGCAUGGACAUGUACUGAGUUUAAACAAUUAAAACUCGAUCUUAUGUCCUUUCGCAUACGGUUGAAAGAAGGGAAAUAUACAUCAUUAUGUGUAUGGGAAAAUAAAAAAUAUAUCACUACAUAAUAUUAUUCUAUAGGUGUUUGUAUUCACCUAUAGCAUAGGAUGUAACAUCCUAAUGUUUGAAUGCUUUAUUAGCAGAGAUACGCAAAAUUUCCUUGUAAAUAUAUUACCUUUUAAUAAUGAGAAAUAUUUAACGUUUCAGGGCUAAAAAAAAACAAGAAAUACUUACAUGUAAUUUAUUGAUACAGUUAUAAUAAAAAAAAAAAUAUUUUUUUUGGAUAAAUGUAAAAAACACCUUUUUUGGUCCUGAUAUCUCAUUUAGUAACACGUAGUUAAAAACUCGUUUUGAAUAUUUAUCCUUAUGACCAAUGGUCUUUCUUUAUGCUUCAAACACAAAAUUCUAUCACAAUUUUUCACUUUAUAACGUUUUAAAGUGCGUUCAACGUAUGUGACAUUGUAUUUAAUAAGUGAUAUUGCGUGAAAUUGAGCGUUAUGAAACUUGACAUGGCAAGAAUGCUGUCAAAGGUAAGUGACGUAUUUUGUACGCGACAUUCUCGCUUAUGUCACAAAUAACGGUCUAAUUUGUAGAUGUUACAUUUGUUUUGAACAUAAAAGAGUGUUUCAUUCGAUUGGAAUAUUUAUUUAUUUUUACACUUGGUAAACAAUGGUAUACGGGCCAGUGGUUUAGGGGAUUUAUGUCGCCCGGGGCUGAGCCAAUAUGUUUGUUGGUCUUAGGAACCGGGCGAGAGGCCAUCCGGAGCCAAAGUCGAAGACCUUUUUUAGACCUUCAGCCUUUUCCCUGGACAUGAAGCCUCCUCCCUAAGCUAUGCCACUCAUACAGGCGUUCUUUAUGCUAUAGGAAUUCUCUCCCAGUCAACCUUUGUGUGUAAAAAUAGACUGAGUCAAGUGUAAAAUAAAAAACAUAAUUAUAACAUCUAAAACAUGGUGGUGAUUUGUAUAGCGGCAGUUUCAUUGACUAGGUGUUGCUCGCGGCUUCGUCCACGUGAAAAGCCUUUCCCGCUAUAAAAAUCUAAAACAUUAGCUAUCCAUAUCGUCAUAACUACGAUGCCAGCGCCAUCCUUUUAAAAAAAAUCCCAUAAUUUUCCAUGGGAGCAAAUUACCGGGAUAAUAAGUACCCUGUAUGUUAAACCAGGACAUGAUCUAUCCGUAUGGCAAAUUUAAUUUAAAUCCGUUCAGCUAUAUCUGAGUUUACUUCCAACGAACAUUCGCAUUUAUUUUAGUUAGAAGUUGAUGAUUUUAUACUUCAGGAUUUUUUAAAGUAAUGUCAAAUUGUGAACGCAUUUUUAAACGUUUCGUAAUCAGAGCGUUGUGUUUCAAAGACAUGUGUAGUGGUUAUUUAUUAGAUUUAAAUAUAAUUAAUUUAUUUGUAAGUAGUUUAAGUUUAAUUUGUAAACAUUACGUACAGAUUGGUAUAUUUUUGUAAUUGGAAACAAAACGAAUGGACUACCAAAAUGGCGCUCAUUAUGCUGAUACAAAAACAGAUGUGAAUAUUAUAUUUUUUGUGGGUGCUUUUUCAUUAUAGUUCUAACUCGAAUUAACCCUUUUGAAAUCAUUCCAAGACUCGCAAGGGUAUUUAAUGACCCUAAAAUCUAAAUCUACUCGUUUUAGAUCCCCAACGUCAACUUUGAUCAGUGUUCCUAUUUUGGGAAUAAAAUUAAUACAAAUCUCAAUUAGUUUAUAUUAUAUUUUGGUUUUGUCUGUUCGUCACGAACACGAAUGAAUAAUAAGACGUAAUAUUACGUCUAAAGGUCAGUGUGAGACGUAACGAAAAUUUUACGCAAAGGAGAAUGCCCAUGUCUGUCCCACUGUCUGAAGGGAGUGUAUGGCUUUCCCUAAUUAUUCAUAAUUUACGAUUUUCUUUUUAAAAUACGAAAAGCCCAAAAUAACAAAGAAUGAUUUUCGUUUUAUUUGGAAGUGCAUUAUUCCUUAUGUUUUUUGCGUAAUUUAUACUGGUCAUUUUUCAUUCUGCAGGUAAUAUGCACCUUAUACCAUAGCAAUAGAGUUUACAAUAUGCAAUUAAUUAUUGCAAGACAACGCAGACGUCCGCUAAAAUUGAAUAAUUCGUCUGAUAUUGAUGUUAUUGGAUUUAUUAUUUUCUUAUUUACAUACCAGAAAAUUCUUACUAUACUAUCGCUCGCAUCCCGUGAACUCUAUUCCAAUUCAAUGAGGUUGAAAGUUGAUUGUAAGAUACUAAUGCGCGUAUAUGCUCAAGCAGUUUCAACCAGUUGUGCACAAGCCUUUACAAAAUAUAUAUAGAAAAAGAUGAGUUAAGUUUGUAUAUAAAACUUCGAUAAGGCUAUGUUUGGAGAGGCAAAAUUUUGACAAUUGAGAAUAAAUUUACCAAAUUAUUUAAAGUAUUUAAAGUAGCUUUUUAGUGGCUCUAUGUUAUUCUUGACAAAUUAUUUAAAUAGUUAAGUGUUUUCUUUUACGGUGUAAAAAAAUAAAUAAUGCCUUUACUUUUAUUUAUAGUUAAGUUCAAAACUUUGUUUGUCACGAAACUUUUUAAAAUUAGUCUACGUCACAAUAAUUAGUCGGCUUCUGUAUAAAGUGGAUUAAAAAAAAAAUUUUUUUUUUUUGGACAUACAAUUAAACUAUAAAUAUAUAGAAACAAUUUUUUUUUCUAAGUCUUAAUAAUAUAACCUGGUCAUAAAUUUAUUCGAAAAUAACAGCUAAAACGAAUUAUCAUGUUCGGAAAUAACAAUAAUAUUUUUUGGUUAUAGGUAUUUGAGAACAGCUUUUGUAUUAAGGCUUAUACAACAAAGUAUUUUGAAGAAAUAACGCAAUCUAAUCAUCAGUAAAACAGUGGCGGAGCGUCAAUUCAACUCGAUUCCUACCGGCUUUACUUUUAGGUUUAUUUUACUUUUUUCAAAUUGCCCGUCAGUGCAAUAAGGCAAUUUUGUUUGCCUCAGAUAACCUUUUGAAAUUGCACCCUUCGCCACUGCAAUGAAUUGUAAAUAACGAAAAUUGUGAUUUCAUUUAUUAGUGUAAGUUUUUAAAUGUAAGCGGCGCUUUGUUAAAUUCAAAUAUCGCACCAAAUAUGAACUACAUUAUGUGAAUACUUUAGUUUCUUGUAAUAUUUAGUGCAAUAAUGUCUAGUUCUGAAAUUCUAGUGGAAAUAAAUACGUUAUUCGUAGA